UGCAUCCAUUCCUCCGCACCUCUUUGUAUGAGCAAGACGACGUUGCUGAAAGAAGCUCAAAGGUUUCAUGCCGCCUUGCUUACAUCUGGCUUCCGAAAUCACGCCUACCGUUGCAACCUGCUGCUCCGCGCCUACGCUCGAUGCGGCGCCCUGUCCCACGCCCGUUCCCUCCUACUCCAAAUGCCCCUCCCCACCCUCGUCUCCUUCAACACCCUCCUCUCUGGCUUCGUCCGCUCCGGCCGCAUCGACGACGCCAUCGACCUAUUCGACGCCAUGCCGGCCACCGAUGCUCACUCUUACAACACCGUCAUCUGCGGUCUCGUCCGCAUCCACCGCGUCCGGGAAGCCUUCGCUCGUUUCCUCCGCAUGGCCCGCAGUCAUGUCAGGCCCGACGACUUCACCUGCUCGACGAUCGUCGCUUGCUGCGAUCUGUCUGGGGGGCGACAGCUCCAUGCGCUGAUGGUGAAGGUCGCGUCGCUGACUUCAGACCCUUUUGCUGGCACCAAUCUGCUGAGGAUGUACGGGGACGCGGGUGAGAUGUGUGACGCAAGGAAGGUGUUUGAUGAAAUGGGUCACCGGGACCUGACGUCGUGGAAUGUAUUGAUAGAUUGUUAUUUUAAAUCUGGGAUGGGCGAAUUAUGCAUCAAGAUAUUCGUGGAGAUGGUCAGGGAUCGAAUUCGACUGGAUGAGUUCACUUUAGCAACCGUUAUGAACGAACUUGCAAGCUGCUCGUCGGUGAGCAAAGGCAUGCAGGUGCAUUCAUUGGUCGUGAGAGCCGGGUUUAUUAUGGAUCGUUUCUGUUGCAAUGCUUUGUUGAAUUUGUACUCGAAGGGAGGAUUUGUUAGUUCGGCCAUGAAAUUGUUCGAUGAUAUGACUGAUCCAGAUGUGGUUUCUUGGACCAUCAUGAUUUCAGGUCUAGAGGUGGGUGGCCAUAUCAGUGAUGCUUUUGAGGUUUUCAAUUCGAUGCGGAUGGCUGAAGUGGAGCCUAACUCUUUCACUUUUGGUACUUUGAUUGGUUGCUGUGCAAAUGUUAAUGCAUUUGAUAUUGGAAAGCAAUUUCAUGCCCUUGUUCUUAAGAAUGGGUUGGAACUUGAUGUUGUUGUAGGGAGCACAAUUGUGAAUAUGUACUCAAAAUGUGGUGAGAUAACUGAUGCUCUGAGACUCUUCCAGAGCUUGCCUGAGAGGGAUAUCGUUUCCUGGAAUGGUGUUAUUUGUGGGCUUGCUCAGAACGGAGAAACUACCACAGCCCUACAAUUAUUUGAUGAGAUGGUUCAAUUACGCCUGAAUGACAUAAUGCCAAAUCAUGUCACUUUUGUCGGUGUCUUGACUGCAUGCUCCAGAGCAGGGCUCAUCCGCAAGGGUUGCAGCAUCUUCAAUGACAUGGUUGAUGUGUACUCAUGUGAGCCCCAAGCUGAGCAUUAUGCUUGUAUGGUCGACUUAUUUGCACGCUCAGGAUUACUGGAAGAAGCAGAAGUUAUUAUUCAAUCCUUGUCGACUGAGCCUAACAUUAUACUCUGGGGAGCACUACUUGGAGCAUGCAAAAGCCGUGGAAAUCUUGUCAUGGCAAAGCGCAUUGUAAAACGACUUUAUGUGUCUGAACCAAUGAACUCAUCCAAUUAUGUGCUUCUCGCGAAUCUGUAUGCUGCUAACAAAGAGUGGGAUGAUGUGUUCAAGGUUAGAAAUAAGAUCUCUACAAUUGGAGUUCAAAAAGUAGCUGGGAGUAGUUGGGUUGAAAUCAGGGGAAAAGUUUAUUCUUUUACAUCAGGUGAUGCACAUAAUGCAGAGACCUAAUCUCUGGUGUGCUGCAGAUACUGUCGUCGGUAAUGUUGGAGGGUGACGAAGUGGCUUAAUUAGCACUGAAUGGACUGUGGGUGAUGCAACUAUUCCCUUGAGGUUACUCCCACCAUUCAAUGCAGUUAACAGUAGGGCUCAAUCCGCAUUUGUUAUGGUU